AGAGAGCACCAUGGCGGAGUUCACUGGACGAGAUGUUUACCAGGCAGAGUUUGAUUCCAGAGACUACCUGGAAUAUUUCCACUUUGGAGAAGGCACCUUGGGCGAUGAAGCCCUUGAAUUUUACCUGAAACAACUUUGCAAGACCUUUGCUUCAGGGCGCCUGAAAGGGGACACCCUGAUUGACCUGGGCAGCGGCCCCACCAUCUACCAAUUCCUCUCCGCCUGCGAAUCCUACAGGAGCAUCAUUGCCUCUGAUCCCGUGGAUCGGAACCGGCAGGAAAUCGAGAUGUGGGUGAAGAGCAAACCAGAAGCUUUUGACUGGACCCCUGUUGUGAAGUAUGUGUGUGAGCUGGAAGGAAACAGGCUGCAUGACAUCAUGGAGAAGACCUUAAUCGGAAAAGAAGCUUAUUUGCAGCAUUUUAGACCCCAAGACUACAUGAAAACCUACUAUUCUUUCAACCCUGACAGAGCAGCAGAUAAUGCCUUUUUAACUUUCUCUCUGAAAAUCCUCCACAAGGCCUUCAUUUUGGAUGGCCUUAAAGGAAACACCCUGAUCGAUAUUGGAAGCGGACCCAGCAUCCACCAGUUCCUCUCGGCCUGCGAGUCCUUCCAAGAAAUCAUCGCCACCGACUAUACCGACCAGAACCGGGAGGAGAUGCAGCGGUGGCUGAAGAAGGAGCCAGGAGCUUUCGACUGGAGCUUGUUGGUGAAAUAUGUCUGUGAGCUGGAAGGGGACAGGGAGAGAUGGGCUGAAAAAGAAGAGAAGGUCAGAAGGACCAUCAAGCAAGUCCUCAAAUGUGAUGUGACCCAAGCCGACCCUCUCGCCCCCUUGGUGGUGCCUCCUGCUGAUUGUGUGCUUUCUGUUCUCUGUUUGGAGACGGCUUGUGAAGACCUGCCGACCUACAGAUCAGCUGUGAAAAACAUUGGCUCUCUUGUGAAGCCCGGAGGACAUCUCAUCCUAGUGACAGCUCUAAAAACAACCUUCUACAUUCCUGGCCAGAAUCGGUUCCACGCCCUCUACCUGGAGCAGGAAACUGUUGAUAAUGCUGUGAAAGGGGCUGGCUUUGAUAUUGUUUGGGCUGAGUUGAAAGAACUUUGUGAUUCGCUGCAUGGGUCCAACAAACGAGGCAGGUAUGUCUUAGUAGCCCAGAAACAGCAGUGA